GCUGCCCCGCCCCGCCCUGCCCAGCCCUGCCCGCCGCUGCAGGCAGCGCGGCACCGGCACCGGGCACCUCUUUAUAGGCUCUGCCCGAGGGGGUGGGGGGCGGCAGCGGCCCCAGCCCCGAGGGGGCGGCUCCCCCCUAAAAGCCGGCGGCGGGACGCGCGGCGGGCAGAGGCGCGGCCGGCGCUCCCCGGUGCUCCGGGGCCGGCGCUCCCCGGUGCCGCUGCGGCUCGGCCCGCCAUGCCCCCGCGGGGGCCGCUCGCCCGGGCUCCGGCUCCUCGUUCCCGGUACAGCAGCAGCCGCCGCCGCCGCUACCGCUCGCCGCCGCCGCGCCCGAGGCUCUGAGCGCCGCCGCCGCCGCCGCCGGGAGACCGCGCCCGCCCCGGCUCCAAGAUGCUCCGCCAAGGGGGGUUUGCGGAGCUGCUGCUGGUGCUGCUGGGGCUGAAGGUGCCCGGGGCCCUGGGCUGCCCCACCGACUGCGUGUGCUACCCCUCGCCCAUGACCGUCAGCUGCCAGGCUCACAACUUCGUCACCAUCCCCGAGGGCAUCCCCGAGGACAGCGAGAGGAUCUUCCUCCAAAACAACCAGAUCACCUUGCUGCUGCGGGGCCACUUCAGCCCUUCCAUGGUCACCCUCUGGAUCUACUCCAACAACAUCACCUUCAUCGACCCCAACACCUUCGACGGGUUUGUCAACCUGGAAGAGCUGGACCUGGGGGACAACCGCUACUUAAGGGCUUUAGCUGCAGACACUUUCCAAGGGCUGGUGAAACUCCACGCCUUGUAUCUGUACAAGUGCGGGCUGAGCUCCCUCCCCAGCGGGAUUUUCGGUGGCCUCCACAACCUGCAAUACCUUUACCUGCAAGACAACCACAUCGAGUUCCUUCAGGAUGAUAUUUUUGUUGACUUGGUUAACCUCAGCCAUCUUUUUCUCCAUGGAAACAAGCUCUGGAGCCUCCAUCAGAACACGUUCAGGGGACUAAUAAACCUGGAUCGGCUGCUCAUCCAUCAAAAUCAGCUGCAGUGGAUUCAUAGGCGGGCUUUUCAUGACCUCCGAAGAUUGACCACCCUUUUCCUGUUCAACAACAGCCUCUCGGAGCUGCAGGGGGACUGCCUGGCCCACCUGGGAGCCCUGGAGUUUCUCAGGCUGAAUGGGAACCCAUGGAGCUGCGACUGCAAAGCCCGUUCCCUCUGGGAAUGGCUGCACAGGUUCAGAGGCUCCAGCUCCAGCGUCAUCUGCGAGUCCCCCGAGCAGAUGCACGGCAAGGACCUCAAGGUGCUAAGAGCAGAAGACUUUAGGAACUGUUCAGGGUCCGAGUCGCUCCAUCAGAUGAAAACACACACCUUCUCUACAGCGGACAGAGGAGCCUCCAAAUCCCACCACCCUCACCACUCCUCCAAGGAGAAGGGGAAGGAGCGAGGGGCUGAGAACAGUUUGCACAGCAACCAGCCCGGCUCGCGGCCGGGCUACCGCAAACCCGGCAAGAACUGCACCAGCCACAAAAGCCGGAACCGAACCUCCAAGCCGGUGUCCUUGGGGCCGCGCAAAAACGGGCAGGAGGUCCCAGACUAUGUGCCUGAUUAUCAGCACAAAUACAGCUUCGGGGCCAUGCCCACGCUGUCCCCCAAGCGCAAGGGUAAGUGCACCCGGCGGACGCCCAUCCGCCCGCCCAGCGGGGUGCAGCAGGCCGCCGGCUGCCCGGGGCUCAGGGCGUCGCUCCUGGUUUUUAUGGUGGUGUUGGCGGCCGUCAUCCGCUGAGCCUCCCCGCCGGCCGCAGCGGAGCUGUACUGCCACCAAUCUACAAAGGACCAGAGUUUCUUUUCUUCUUCUUUUUUUGUACGUGGCUCAGCGUUGGCCUGGCGAAGGGGAAGAACGUUGUCUCGGCUUCUGAGGGUUGUCUCCGUGCCCGGCCGGACUGUGCCGAGCGCAGCGGGAGCAGAUUAAAAGGCAUUAUCACACCUUGUCACAAACAGCCUAACCGAGCACCUACAGCAACAACAACAAAAGCCAACCUUACCAAAAGCUGAUAACGGGGACGGUAACCAAUUCGUCGGUGACGACACCUGGACAAACGGACUGUAUCCAUGCUCUUGUGAAAUCCCGUUCGUUCGAGAGCGCUCCAAACAACCCCUCCAAUUACCGAAAGGAACAUAAUUGCUGUAAAUCAUCACCGAUUAAGCCUACACUGUUUCUCUCUGCAAGUGAGUGCAAGGACACUGAUACCGAUGUAAUAAGGACAUUUGGUUCUCCCACGUUUUAGCCCUUUUGGCUCCAAACCCAGAGGCCAAAGUUGGCUGGGAAUCUCUUAGAAGACAAUCUCAAAACCCUGAAUAUCUCAGGCAUUACAGCAGAACAGGGCUUGCCUGCUGGGCUUGGAGUAGCCAACAACCAAAGGAAAGACUGAUUAGAGGUGGAAUUAAACAAAAACAAAAACAAAAAACAACCCAAACCCCAACAAACCCAACACAUAAAGAAAUGAGGUACCCGCAGGAGGUGUGUUUUUUGUAACCAUGUUCACACAUCUGAGAAAAAAAACCCCCAACAAUUGCACAGGCUCCCCCUCUUCCCCUCAAUUAUCCAUAUGUAUGUCUUACAAUGUUUAUAAACUAUAUGGAAACUGUAUCUUCGGAACUAAGGAUUGUAUUAUUGAAUUUAUAGCAGACCAGUA